CACGCACGCCGCCGCGCGUCCAUGCAACGUCGCGACGCCCCAAGGGUUUAAACCCCGCUAUGGAUAUUUUUAUAACUAAAAAUAAUAAUUUAUAGUGUGUGAAAACAACAGUUUGACUUUAAUAUAAAAAACGUGAAGAUGAGGCAAAACGAUGAUCUCCCCGAAAGGAUAGCCCAAUUCAAGGGCGAUCCUGAAAAACUACGACAGGCCAAUGAGUUUGUAGACCAACUUAUACAGCAAGCUAAAAAAGAGGCAGAGCUUAAACAAAAACAGAAAGAGCGAAGUAAAUUCGAAUCACAAGACACGGAUUCUGGUAACCUGAAGCGACGGCUGGGCCGCGCGCGGGGCCUCGUCCUCCGUAUGUUCGACGCCCUCUGCAACUGCACACAAACCGCCGCGGCCGCCGCCCGUACUACGGCCCGCAACAACCCGUUCACUAAACGCUAAUCUUGCAACUUGAGACGGUGCCCCGUAAGCGGAGCUUCGUGAUCUGUAUUUUUCGAACUGUGUUACGCGCAAACCCGGCCCGCACUGCCCGAAGCAACUCCUUCACUAAUCGCUAAAUACUAAAUCUUGAAAAACUGACCCGCGCGCGGGGCCUCGUGAUCUGAAUGCCAUAUGCAAACCGCCCGCACAACUUCCUGAAUGAACGAUUUAAAUUGUACUAAAUCAUGUUGGUAGUUCAAGAUUAAUCAAACUAAGGAGGAUGCUCAGUAAGGUACCUUCAUACCUAUUUUCCUGACAGAAGAUAUUUGUUGCGAGAGACGAAUGGUGUAGGUAAUAGGUACUUAAUACCUACCUUUAUUCCACAUAAUCUGUGCCCCGCCGCCAUCAAUCGUACUAACAAUGAGUCGGGUCAUUGGUUUGAGCCAGUCUUUUAGGAGUUAAUUAACUUUGGCUUAAUGACUUUCUGAACACAAUCAGUCGUUUAAUGGAGUCUGAAAUAGUUAGAAACAUUUUCGAGUUAUUUACGUUGCUAUUUGACUGACGUUAUAUAAAAGUUUUAUAUUCAGACCUGAAAUAUUUUAAAAGAUUCAGUUAAAGACAUAAAUCUAUCCAGAAGCCAAAUAACUAAAAAAAAAACGUUUUUAGUACGAGGCUCGAGAGGUCACGAAAUUAAAAUGGUACCAUUCCUUUUAAUAAUGAUUGGUCGUAGAAUUUGCCAAGACGGGCGGUUUAAAUUUUUGAAGAGAGGUAGAGGGGUUCCAAAGAUCAGUAGGCACAAAUUACAGGUAGGAAAGAUAAAUUAUAGGUAUGUACUGAACCCUUUUAACGCCACUUUUUUCGUGUCGCCAUCGUGAACCUUAUCGUAUAAAGAGCAUAGAUUGAGCGGUCAGAUGAAAUGGUGGCGGUUUAAAUUUAAUGAGUUGUAAAACAAGAUUUUUCUGGAAAAAAUCUCAAAACAUUAUUAAUCCAUAUUACUGUUUAAGAAAAUAGACAAUGUAUACCACCUUCCUUAUCCAUAGAUAUAAAUGUAUUCCUAUACUAAACGCACACUUUCUAUUUUUUGUACUAUCAAAAAACUAUAUUUAAUUUAACUAUUCUGAAUGUCUCUGUGAAACCCUAGUGUCUUCCCUAGAAUAGUACCCUAGAUACCACGUUGUGAUCGGUGUGACGACGCUUAUAGUUCGUAAGAUAAUGUAUUUGAAUAGCAUUAUAACGCUGGAACACUGCUAUUAAACUUGGUCCUAUCUAUAGCGACAAAUGCGACAAUACAAAACGACAUGAGAGCGACAAUACAAAACGACAUGAGAGCGACAAUACAAAACGACAUGAGAGCGUGUGGGCGAAUUUACAUCCUGCAGUCUCUUAAAACCACUUCAUUGAAAGUAAAGAAUUGAAAACUUCAUCAUUUAAGUUUAUUUUGUCGCUGACAGUUACCAACAGUUGCGUUACCUUACCUUACCUGGUAGAACUUUGCUUGGUGGUUUUUUGUGAUAGUUGGAGGGGCAUUGCACGAGAAUGUCGCUUACGACAUGCGAUACUUCUAAUAAUUCUGAAGACACUAAGAAAGCGAAGUUUUGUCUGACAACCUUUCAUGAUUUGGUUAACAAAUUGGCAGUAUUUUCUCGAGCUUUACGGAUGUGUUUGAAAUAGCUGCCAUACAAGGGAAAAGCAUGUCGUAAGCCACAUGAGAUCCAGAACUCAUUCCUUCGUUAUGGGAAAUGUAAAAGAUGAAAUGAGUCGCACUUAACGCUAAAAUAGGAGAAGUUACCUAACUAUUCCGCUUACAUUUUUGACAGCCUAUACAACAUGUAUAUUUAUAUAACUGCAUUUUUGUAUGUAUCCUGUUUAUUUUACUUUAUCACAGUAUUUAUUAAAAUGUGGCUAAUCUGUGAUCACUUGGAAUUCAAUGUAAAGGUUUAAAAUAGAUCGUAUCAUUCACGAAAGCGCGUGGUUUGGUUUAUACUAUCACGGUAAUAAAGACUAGAUUUGACAAAUCUGCUCGUCAGCGUGAAUGGCAUAAUCUGUAACCACACACAAUAAAUGUAAUAGGUGUCUAUUUACAGUGUUCUAAGUAUAGUACAUUAUUAGGAGGGUACAUUUAUUUUAAAACUAAGUCUCUUGAAAAUACAAGAUUGGUGUACCUAAAGUAAACUGGUAAAUUCUGUAAAAUAUCCCUAGGUUGUAAAAACGUAUUAGAGCAAAAAUUACGCAGAAGUAUCAAAGUAGUGUCGCUCGUUGCCAUGGCCAUGAUUAGUUGUCCAGAAGAUAAAAACUCUUCAAAUUAUGAGUUAUUUGGUACUGCAUUUUUAUGGUAGUUUUAAUUUCCGUAACUGGCCACUGAGCAUGUUGUUGAUACCAAUACCUAUUGCCCUGUUGACAACGGGACAGGCCCCGUAGCCGAAUGGCAUUUCUGCGACGCGAAACGAAAACGAAACGCCGCGAAAGGUAGUCUGGCUCUGUCGCGCUAAUACGCAAGAGCAAUAGUUACGAAAGAGAUAUUAUCGUGAGCGUUUGUGCAUUCGGCUACGCAUUAUAACGGAUUGUAACAGAAAAAAAAAUCUAUUUCAUAUAUGUGUCAUAGAAGAAAAGUUUCACUGAAGCAAAAUAUACUUUAUAGCAAAUGACAGGUACACACAGACAGGACUAGCCCAGUUUGAGUUAAAUUUUCUAUUUUCCUAAGUUUGAGCUGGUACCAAAGUCCCUGGUACGUCAAAGCUCUCAAGUAAGAUUACCAUUAUACGGACCCUCGUCAAGUUAUAACAAGAACAUUGUUAUAACUUUAGGGUUCAUGUAGGGCAGGAUAGUACGUUUUAAGGCUGCUUUUCCACCAGAAAUGUGCAAGGGUCAACGAUAAAUUAGGUCACAGCUAUUCGAAACUAUGGCUCGCUUAACGUAAGCGAUGUAGCGACUAGCGAAGUGAAGGCGAGACGUCGAGUCGAAUAUCCAGAGUUUAAAAACGUUUUAACUAAAAAAACUAGGAAUAGCUGAGAGGCCGAGCAUUGCUAGGAAAACAUUAAAACUCAGAAAUGCACGUUUUCGCAGAGAUAAGACCUAACUUAAUCAUUUUUUUUUUCAAAAACAGUAUACCUAACACUUUAUCAUCGGUUAUUAGGUACUUGUAUAAAUGCACAUAUCUGA